GAUUAUUUAUUAAAAAUUCUACUUUUCUAAUGAAUUUCAGAUAGAAGUGAUGAGUAUGCAUGACAAGCUUGAAGCGUGUCUUAAGGAUUGGUCGGAUCUAUCUGACGACUAUCAUGAAUUGGAAAGGAAACAUAAAGAAUACAGAGAGGUAUUGGAAAAAUGUCAUUCCCUACAGAAGAAAUGUCAGAGUGGUGUCACCCAUCAAAAAUACAGAUUAAAUGUCAUCAAAAAAUUAAUGAAAGAGAUAGAUCCUAGUUGUAAUGAGGAGAAGGGAGAACUAGAUGAUCUGGAGAAGGAUAUAUUUCGUAGAGAGUGUCAACUAAGUCAGAUGAAUGAAAAUCUUCCAAGGAAGUCGGGAAGGUAUCUACAAGUUAUUAUGGGUAACGUGGACGUAUCAAUACUAGACAAGAAUGAAAAGUAUCAGUACAAGGAACAAUAUGAAUCAUUUAAACUCAUUGUUAAUUUGAUCGGUGGUAUUCUGGCGACAACCAACUUUUUCUUGAAUAUCCGGGCUCUUGAUAUUCUCUUCAUGUUCCUGAUUGUCUGGUACUACUGUACUCUAACUAUCAGGGAGUCAAUACUCAUCGUUAAUGGUUCAAGAAUAAAGGUUCGUUUUUUUACAGUUUCUCAGGCUAUACAUACUGUUUUUUUUUCUAGAGAGUUUCGAGAUCAACACAUGCUUUUCAAUGUAUAUGUUGCAUUCCUUCAGUACCUGCAGUACGUUUAUCAGAAAGGUUGUCUCUACAGGCUCAGAUCUUUAGGGGAGAGAAAGGAAAUGGAUAUUACUAUUGAUGGAUUCCAUUCAUGGAUGUGGAAAGGACUUGGAUUUCUGAUCCCGUUUCUUUAUAUUGGAUACAUGACCCAGCUGUACAACUCUUAUACACUAUAUCAGCUCUCUCAUCAUCAAGAGGCUUGUUGGCAGGUUCCCGUACUCUCUGCUCUAUUUUUUCUACUAGGAGCAGGGAAUAUCAUCACCACAUCAAUGACUCUGCCAGCCAAGUUCUCAGAUUCCAAGGAAAAGCUGAAGUACAAGUUUGUUCGGCUGGAUAAAUACUUUUGGAAUCAUAGGAAGCGUAGAGUAACUGUCUCACAGGCAAACCCUAAGUUUUCUCAAAGUGUGGAUAGGAUACUAAGAAGAGAUAAAUCAGAAUCAUUUCAUCUCAAUCCUAUCAAUGGUAUCCCAGAAUCACAGGAGGGAGAAGAGACUGCUUCCCAGACCUCUGACGAGCUAGACCUGGAGGUACAGGAGGUUAUGGACACCAUCAAGGACGGUAUCCUUGAGGAUGAAGAUGAUAACGAGGUUACUCCGGCUCAUCAGGAGCAACCAAUCAAUCAAUCAACUGAUAAACCUCAUCCUGACAAGAAAUAUGAUUAAGGAAAUUAAAGACAUAGUUUGAAUUUCCCAGGUCCAAUAAUGGCUGACAAUG